GACAAUCGGCUUCUCCUCCCCUCGCGCGCGCGCGCGCGCGCCCCUACCGACACCCCAUCUUCCACGGCUAUCUUCCGUCGGCGGCUUUUUUAGUCGCAUCUUUUUUUUUUCGUCGGCAUGUUCUCGAGUGUGGCUCGGUAGGCUACGUUGCGCGAACAAGACGGGUGGCGAGCCCGGAGCGUCCUUGGCCGCGCGACGCCGACGCCGCGAGUCACCUUGGUCACCGGUCGACGGUCGACGAUCGUUCGUCAGGUUGGCACAAGCCAUCAAGUGUCAGCGUUCAGGUGGCGGGUAAGCUUGGGUACACGACGUCCGCUUACGGUCUGCAAUGAAUUUCCCGCCGUUUGGAGGUCACUUCCCUAGCACUAUACCGAGUAUCCAUCAAUUCGCGACCGACAGUUCCAGCGGUGCAGGCGCGCGUUACGCCAAUCAUUUUCCCAACCAGCCUCCGAUCGGAGUGCCGGUUGUGGGAAAAUACCGUCCCGAAAACAACGGCGUACAAUCCGCUCAAUCGCAAGUGAUGAUGAACAAUAAGACUAGCUAUCCCAACAGUAAUGUUCACCAUUAUCCGAAUGUACCGUACUCUCAAGCCCAGUCGGUUCAACAACGACCAACCAACUCGCCUGGAAUGCAAGAGAAACGAUCGUAUCAUCAGCAAUCCACGGAAACAAUAAAUCAACAAGAUGUUUGCAACCUUCUUCAAGACAAGGACAAGACCAAGGAAAAGAAGGCUGAGGAGCAACAGCGUAACGGAGAGACUACCACGAAUGGCGCUCAGCAGGAUUACACGAUGCACCAACAUCACCAACAGCAUGCUCAUACUCAAACGCCAGCUACUAUGCCCGCAACGUGGCAGUCGCUCGCGACUCCUGGUUCCACCGUGGCCGAUUAUCUCAGCCAUUUACCAGCCAGCACUCUGCCAUUGAGUUUACACCAUUUUCUUAAAUAUUCUGCCGAAAGUAUCAAAAAGGAGUCGGAGAUGGCGCAAACGACUUCGGUAGCUGUGGCGACUACGACAACGCCCAAUAUAAUGAUGUCGCCGAAUAAUAAAAAGAAGAAAAAGAAGAAGACGCCGAAAGAAAAGAAGCCACGUCCGAAGCCUGGCGAAAUUCGCCUGACCACAGCGUUGGACGGUUCGACGUUGUAUUGUUGCCCGGAAUGCCACAUGGCGUAUCCAGAACGAGAAUUGUUGGAGCAGCACCUUCUAGGUCACACUUUAGAAAGAAGAUUUGUUUGUGACAUAUGUGGUGCUGGCUUGAAACGAAAAGACCAUCUUACGCGUCAUAAACAGAGUCACAAUCCUGAGCGACCUUACGUUUGCACUGUUUGCUUGAAAGCUUUUAAAAGAAAGGAACAAUUAACUCUACAUUUUGUAAUACAUUCUGGGGAGAAGCGACAUGUGUGCACCGAAUGUGGCAAAGGAUUUUAUCGGAAGGAUCAUUUACGAAAACAUACCAGGAGUCACAUUGCGAGAAGAGUGAAGGCUGAGCUGAGUCAAAACGCUGGCACGCAACAGAAUCAACAACAAAAUAACGUUUCGAGUAUGCAAACCACAACCGUCUCGGCGUCGUCUGUUCUUCCGGGUGGACAUCCGGGUCCCCUCCUGUCCUGAGCCCCGCCACCAGGGAACUUCCAGGUUCCCCACCCAAAUAAUAUUCUUCAUACUCACACGUCGCAUCAUUCGCUACAUCAUCAUCAUUUAACAGCGGUAAACGUAGCGCAUCAAUCGAGCGUCACCCCCCUUGCUGCAUCUGGUCAUUAUCAGUCGCACGAGCUCAGCUUUUUGGGACACGUUAAAGAUUUCUGAGACGAGGAGAAGACCUCGGCGAAGAGGUAACACUAAGACGCUAAUCGAUUGUCACCCACUAUGAUUGUCGUCGUCGACGACGACAGUGAUGAUAAGGAUGAGAAUGAGGAGUAGCUCUGAGACUGACCUAUGAUUUGAAUUGAAGGAAUUUUAUAUAAACAUAUUUGCAUUGCUUUGUGUGCUUCAAAACUUGCUCUUGUUUCGUCUCGUCAGUAUAAUAGUGAAGGGGAAGGGGCGGGAGGGGAGUGAUGUCGUUCCUUCUUCAGGUCUUAAUUUAUUCCUGACUUGACGAAUUGUUAUACACGUCCUGUAAUUUUCAUUGUCAGUAACGUUCUCGUCGCAAUAAUGCUAUAUAAUCAAGGGGUAACAUUUUGCGCAACUAUGCAAGAUGUCCAAUUAUAAUAAAUCUUUCUCGAAACUAAGCUAGAUCUGACAUAUCUCUUUUCACAGUAUUUUUUUUUGCAAAUAAAAUAUUAUUUUAUAAAGAUAAUUUUGUCUACCUGAAAACUAGACAAAAUGCAGAUUCAAGAUCAUUUUUAUCGGGAUAAUUUUUUUUUGCUUUCUCAUAACGGAAGCUUUGUUUUUUAACUUCUUUUUAGGUAUAUAACAUGAUUUUUUCAUACAUAUAUAUUUUUUUCUAGUCAAUUUGCGCAUAACGGUAUUAAGGUAAGAUUAUCAACAAUGAAAUUAAUGCGAAAUACAUAUUACAGUUUUAUUUAGGAUAAAAAAGAUAUUUUAUUCAAAUAUAUUGUGACAGUUUCGAAGAAAUUUUACUCCAUUAAUUAUUAAUUGGACAUCCCGCAAACGUAACAUAGCAGAAGAUCGAUGAGGUAUAAAGCAAAUCUUUUAGAAAAAAAACGCUUUUUUUUUAAUAAUAUAUAAAAGAUGAAAAAACAGUCAUAGUCUAUGCUUUUAUAGCACAAACAAAAGUACAUAUGUGGGAAGAGUACUAAUUUUCCACAGGAAUUCUAGAGUAGGAAUUUGACUAUAAGUCAAAAAUUCUUGCCAUAUGUCGUGUACGACGAGGAAAAAAGAAGAUAUUUUUAUGAAAAAUCGAUGUAACUUAAGAACUAAGCGAAUCGAUGAGAGAGAGAGAGAGAGAGAGAGAGAGAGAGAGAGAGAGAGAGAGAAUGUGUGUGUAAGUGUGUGAGAGAGAAAGAGAACUAACGCAUCUCUUUUUCUUUGUUUUCUUUUUUUAUAUUAUUGCAUUGAUAUUCAUAUGAAUGAUUUUUGCAGUAAUUGUCAAUAUUUUAUUAUUUUUUGUUGAACAACAUUACAAGUGCAAAUAGUGUAAAAGGAAUAAAAAUUUUACAUAUUCCUAAUACACAUUAUAAGUGAGUUGCAAGUUAACCCACCGAUUAGAAAACAGUGUGUUUUAUUUUAAAUAGAAUUCUAUUU